ACAUCUUACUUUAUAUACAGAAUUUAAUAGUUUUAUCGAUGACUUUUCAGGAGGACACUGGGAUGUCUAUGAGGAAAUCAUUGUGGAGCCAGUGAGUUGCAAAAACCCACCAAAGAGAUGUCCCCGUCCUCUGUAUUCCGGGGAUUCCACACAGGAAGGUCACACCAUCCCUCACCAUCAUCAGUGUGAAGAAGAUAUGGAUAUAAAAGCUUGGGUUAAAGAGGAAAAAGAGACACAUUUGAGGGGUGAUUGGUGGUCUACGGAGGAGGUUGGGGUGAUGGUGACAAUGACAGAGAAGGAGUCUUCAUUAGAUAUCGGCACAGGAGGACACUGGGAUCUCUACAAGGACAUCAUUGUGGAGCCAUUGAGUUACAGAAACCCACCAGAGAGAUGUCCCCCUCCUCUGUAUUCCCGGGAUUCCACACAGGAAGGUCACACCAUCCCUCACCAUCAUCAGUGUGAAGAAGAUAUGGAUAUAAAAGCUUGGGUUAAAGAGGAAGAAGAGACACAUUUGAGGGGUGAUCGUCGGUCUAUGGAGGAGGUUGGGGUGAUGGUGACAAUGACAGAGAAGGAGUCUUCAUUAGAUAUCGGCACAGGAGGACACUGGGAUCUCUACAAGGACAUCAUUGUGGAGCCAUUAAGUUACAGAAGCCCACCAGAGAGAUGUCCUCAUCCUCUGUAUUCCGGGGAUUCUACACAGGAAGGUCACAUCAUCCCUCACCAUCAUCAGUGUGAAGAAGAUAUGGAUAUAAAAGCUUGGGUUAAAGAGGAAGAAGAGACACAUUGGAGGGGUGAUCAGCAGUCUAUGGAGGAGGAUCGGAUGAUGGUGACAAUGACAGAGAAGGAGUCUUCAUUAGAUAUCAGCACAGAUGGACGCGAUGUUCGGGAAAUCUCAGAAGAACAUCUCAUUUUAUCCUCAUAUUAUAAGGCAGAAGAUAACGGCAUAGCACAAGAUCCUCCCGAAGAAAGUCCCAUCACUCAAAGACCUUCCAAUGGAGAUCGAUCACCCGAUACCGAUGACUAUCCAGAUAAAGCACACAUUAUCAACCUAACUUUACCUCCAGUGGUAGAUCCCCUCCCGAGUGCGUUUCGUCCUGAGGAACCUCGUAAUGUUGGCUAUAGAUGUUCUGUAUGUAAUAAAUGUUUCGGAGUGAGGUCGCGGUUUGUCCUACACCAGAGACUACACAGCGGCGAGCGCCCCUUUCCGUGCUUGCAGUGCGGAAAAUGUUUCACUUCUAAAUCGGUUCUCAUUAGGCAUCAGCAACAGCACUCCGGGCUGCGCCCUUAUUCGUGCUCGGAGUGCGGAAAGUCCUUUACCUGGAAGUUCGGCCUGCUGAAACACGAGAGGCGGCACACCGGCGUGAGUCUCUGUUCGUGUUCCGAGUGCGGGAAAGUUUUCAGAGAGAAGGUAGACCUCGUCAUGCAUCAGACGAGUCACAGAGAGGAGAGGCCUUAUGGCUGCUCGGAGUGCGGGCAACAUUUUAAACGAAAGACUCAUCUGACGAGCCAUUUCAGGGUUCACACGGGCGAGACUUUUUCAUGUUCGGAGUGCGGGAAGUGUUAUACGAGGAAAAACAAUCUCACUGCACACCAGAAAACGCACACAGACCAAAUGUCAUACGUUUGUGCAGAAUGAGGGAAAUCUUUCAUGGUGAAACAAGCACCAACAAACAAAUGGAAUAGUCACGCCAUGCAAAUACAGAGUGCGGGAAAGGUUUACUUAUCGGGGUGAGGAAAAAAAGCUUAUGUUGGAAAUUCUAUUUUGCAUGUUGGAGAAAGUUCUUGAUCGUGGGAGAAAUCCUGUAAUGUAAAAUCCAAACCUCCCGUAGGCCAGAGACUCGGCACCAGCAACACAAUGUUUCCCACUUGGAGUGUGGGAAACUGUUAAUACAAAUAUAUAUCACUAUUCGUUUUACACAGGAGGACUCACACUGACCAGAAGCCCCUCCCAUGUCCUGAGUACAACAAAUAUUUUUCAUAGAGGAAACCUUUGAAUGUCAAACUCCACACUGGUGGAAAGAUGUGCGAGAAAUGUUUCACU